UUGCCAACAUGUACGUCCACCAAAUGCCAGACCAGACCACGAGACGAGACAAGAGGUACUAACACUUGGGGUCGCAGGCCUGUGGGGAUCGCCCCUGGGAUGGGAUUGAACGCUUACUUCGCCUAUACUGUCGUUGGGAAGAAUGGAUCAGGCCCGGUGCCGUAUAAUGUCGCCCUGACCGCCAUCUUCAUCGAAGGCUUCAUCUUCUUCGCCCUUGCUCUUCUCGGCAUGCGGCAGUGGCUCGCCCGCAUCAUCCCGCGCUGCAUCAAGCUGGCGACCAGCGUCGGGAUUGGGCUCUUCUUGACCCUGAUCGGCCUGACAUAUGCCGAGGGCAUUGGCCUCGUUGUCGGCGGGACGUCUGUGCCCAUCGCGCUGGCGGGCUGCGAGAAACAGUACUUGGGCGAGGAUGGCCAGUGCCCGGAUGGCGUCAAGAUGCGCAAUCCGUCCAUGUGGAUCGGCAUCUUCUGUGGCGGCGUCUUCACCGCCAUGCUGUUGAUGUAUCGGGUGAAGGGCGCCAUCAUCGCCGGUAUCCUCCUCGUCUCUGUCAUCUCGUGGCCGCGCACCACGCCUGUCACCUAUUUCCCCUACACCGACCUCGGCAACGCCAACUUCGAUUUCUUCAAGAAGGUCGUUGACUUCCACCCGAUCCAGAAUGUCCUGAAUGUCCAGCGCUGGGAUGUGUCGACUUAUAGCGGACAGUUCGGCUUGGCCCUGAUCACCUUCCUUUAUGUGGACAUCUUGGACUGCACCGGCACGCUCUAUUCCAUGGCUCGGUACGCCAACCUCGUUGAUCCCGUCACUCAGGACUUCGAGGGGUCUACCAUGGCUUACAUGGUCGACUCAUUGACCAUUUCGAUUGGCUCCGUGAUGGGUACUCCACCGGUCACGGCAUUCGUCGAGUCCGGUGCGGGUAUCGGCGAAGGCGGCAAGACGGGCUUGACGGCUAUCUCGACCGGGCUGUGCUUUUUCAUCUCAAUCUUCUUUGCGCCCAUCUUCGCUUCGAUCCCGCCCUGGGCAACCGGCUGCGUGCUGGUCCUGGUCGGCUCCAUGAUGGUCCAGGCUGUGACCGAUAUCAACUGGAAAUACCUCGGCGACUCGCUUCCAGCCUUUGUGACUAUCGCCAUCAUGCCCUUCUCGUACUCGAUCGCCGACGGCUUGAUCGCGGGCGUCUGUCUGUACAUCCUGAUCAACACCCUAGUUUGGAUCAUCGAAAAGGCGAGCGGCGGCCGCAUCGUGCCGCCCAACAAGGAUCUGAAGGAACCAUGGACAUGGCGGACGGAAGGCGGUAUUAUGCCGCCGUGGAUGGGACGGUUAGCGAGCGGGAAGAAGGACUUCUGGCGCGCCAACCACAGCGGGUCUGUCUCCGAGGCUGAGGGAGUGGCGGUCAACGUCGAUGGCAAGACAUCUGGAUCGGAGAAUGACACGGCUGCCGCCACUGGGCGAUCUGAGAAGACGGUAUAACAAAAGGGUGCCGUUGGCUAAGCCCCUGUAUCUCCCCUGAGGGAUGAUUUUGUCAUACAUAAUCCAGCGAUGCGUUCCGAUCGCAA